AGAAUUACAAUGUGAAAAGUUGAAUCACUGACGGAUAUCGUCCGAUAAAUAAAUUUUACAUCUGCGAUUUAAUUUUCCACGCAUACAGUAUUAAAAAUAGUCUCGAAUUUGCUCGAGAAAAUAGAAAAAAAAGUUACAGGUUAUAUUUAUGAUAUACCGGUGUAACAAUGUGCGGGAUAUUUUGUCACAUUUCGCAAAGCCACGAGAACAAUGAAAAAGUUUCAACUGAGUGGAACAUUUGCAAGGACUUAAUAGUUGCUCGUGGUCCUGAUAAAGCGACAGAGAGGUUCGAACGUUUAAAUGAAAAUUGGUUUGGGCACUUUGCUGCCUCCGUAUUAUGGAUGCAGGGUGCUAAUUUAACUGUACAACCUGCUAUAGAUUCUACGGGUAAUAUUCUUCUUUGGAACGGAGAUAUAUUCUCUGGAAAUUUGGCUCAAGAUAAUACAUGCGAUACAGAUGUAGUACUAAAUGCGAUUCAAUCGUCUCUGACUAUUUUUACUGUGUUUAAAGAAUUACAAGGGCCGUACAGCUUUGUGUACUUCCAAAAAUCCAGCAAUCUUCUAUAUUUUGGCAGAGAUGUUAUAGGAAGGCAUAGUUUGCUCUUGAAAUCCAACACAGAUGAGAAUAGCGUAACUUUAACAUCGGUUGCAACUAAACAGAUAGAUGGAAUAGUAGAAGUUCCUGCAAUUGGAAUUUUCGUGAUGAAUUUAGCUAAUUCGAGGGUAAAUCUUGCGUGCUAUCCAUGGAAAGAACCGGACUUAAGAUUCACGGAUGUUAUAGAAGCAUUAGAAACGCGUUUAGGCGUGGAUAUCGAUAUCAAAGAAACUAUAUUGGAGACAGAUACAUUGACGAGUCUACAUCUACAUCCUAACAUUAAAGAUUUAGAAUCCUUCGAGAAUAAUCCUUACUUUGAAAAUUCGUGCAAGACAUUGGAAUACUUUUUACAAAAUAGAGAUAUACACGAAAGGGUAGAUCACUUGUCACAACUUCUCUGCAAAGCAGUGGAAGUCAGAGUGAAGAAACAGCCGAGAUAUUGUAAAAAUUGUAUAAAAUUAUUUUUAAAUGGCAAGAAUGUUACGUGCACUCAUGCAAAAAUAGGCGUAUUAUUUUCUGGAGGUUUGGAUUCCGCCAUUUUAGCGUUAAUUGCCGAUAAAUAUAUACCGCAAAACGAGUACAUCGACUUGAUCAAUGUUGCGUUCGAAAAAUCGGUUAAUACAUCGAAGAAAUACAAUACCGACAAUGAAAGACAAUGUACUCAGGUUCAAUACGAUGUACCUGACCGUAAAACUGGAAAACAAACGUUCGAAGAACUUUUAAACAUUUGCCCAAAAAGGAAAUGGAAUUUCGUUGAAGUGAACGUCUCUCAGACGGAACUGCAGAAAUAUCGUUCCGCGCGAAUUUGCAAUUUAUUAUAUCCACUUUGUACGAUACUAGACGAAAGCUUAGGUUGCGCUGUGUGGUUUGCAAGCCGUGCAAAAGGCACUCUUUGCACGAGCAAUAACGUUUACGAAUCACCGUGCAGAGUACUUCUGUUAGGCAUGGGCGCAGACGAAUUAUUUGGUGGAUACAUGAGACACAGAACGAUAUUAAAACACAAGGGUUGGAGCGCUUUAACUCAAGAAUUAAGUAUCGAAUUAGCUAGAAUUUCCGAAAGAAAUUUAGGUCGUGACGAUCGUAUCGUGUCCGAUCACGGGAAACAAUCGAGAUUGCCAUAUUUAGAUGAAAGAAUAGUACGAUACGUCCAGAAAUUAAAACCAUGGGAAAGGUGCUACCCAACAGACAAAAUGCCAUCCGGUUUAGGAGAUAAAUUAUUAUUACGCCUACUGGCGUAUAAACUUGGUUUUCGAAAUACAGCUAAUUUUCCUAAAAGAGCUUUUCAGUUUGGAUCUCGAAUCGCUAAUAGCAAAGAAAAUGCUAAAGAUGUAUCGGACAGACUGUGAGAAUUGGUUUGUUCAAACUGUUUUAGUUAUUAGCGAAUAAAUUAACGAGUAUUCGAAUCAUCAAGUAUUUGAUUUCAGAAUGCUGUACCGAAUUUUAUUUUGUCAAGCCUGUGAUAUUUUCUGUGUACUGCAGUUUUUGUCAUAUUUUCUAUGCUUAAACUCAGUGUGUAUUUGUCUUGCAAAAACAUGACUUUUAAUGUAAUUUUUAUACAAACUUUUUACAAUCUAUGUAAAUGAAAUAAAACAUUUGGGUAUUGUA